AUGUCCGGUGGUGUUAAGCCGAUUCCUGGUGAUAAGUGAGUUUUCAGCGGGAAAAUUAGGUGAAAAACUGUGCCAGGUUUGCAAAAUGGGCGGAGCCUGCAAUUCUGACACAGUUUUCUGUAGAACAAGAUGUGCCAGGGCUGCAAAAAAUGGGUGGAGCCUAGUUUGCAAGCCUGGCACGGUUUUUCCUUGUGUCAGCUUUGCAAAAAGAGGUGGAGCUUAGGCUUCAGCAACUCUGGCACACUUUUACUCGAUAGAAAGUGUGCCAGUGUUGCAUUUUCCUAGCUCAAAAAUGGGCGAAGCCUAUUCCGCAAUCAUCGCGCACAUUUUCCAGACCACUUUCCCUCUGGCAACAAUACGGACCAUCACAAAGUACGGUGCGAGGAAUUGUAAUCGGCGGAGCCACUGGAGCCAUCGAAAUUUGCAUCACUUUCCCAACCGAAUACGUCAAAACACAAUUGCAAUUGGAUGAACGAGCGAAAGUGCCGAAAUAUAAGGUGACUAUUGUCGAAGUUGAAAAAUGAAUGUGGCAGUCGUAAAAAAUAAAAAAUCAGUGCAGAAUUGAAUGAAUGAAAAAACCUUAUUUCGUCAGUCGCGUGCGGCCGUGCGUCGCGGUCGGGAAACUAAGGAAAAAUUAAUUCUUGUUGGUUUCCCGACCGCGACGCACAGCCGCACGCGACUGACGAAGUAUUUCAAUUCUGCACUGGUUUUUAUUUUUUACGGAAGCCACAUUUUUCAACUUUCACUGUUUCGUCGUCAAAAAUUGCAAAAAAAAAAAUCUUAACAUGAGUUAUGACGUGGCAAAUUUCGAGAUUUCAGAAGCUGAAAACUUUCAGCUUCAAAAAUGAUUCUCCUGAACAAGCAGAUUUUCAUGAAAGCUAGUUUUCAUUCCGAUUUUUUGAAAUUUUCGAACUUUGCCACGUCAUAACUCAUGUUAAGAUUUGAGCUCUGUAAUUUUAGAAACGAAUGUCUGUCUGUGCGCGCGGUCGCGAUGCGGUCGUAAUAAAAUCAAUAUCGGCAAUUGUUUUCAUUGUUUUUUUCGACCGCAUCGCGACCGCGCGCGCGCACACAGACAUUCAUUCAUUUUCGAAAUGAUUACGAGGGACUGCCACAUUUUCUUAAUUCCACAAUUGAAUUUGCAGGGUCCCAUCGAUUGUGUCAAACAAACUGUAAAAGGUCACGGUUUCUUCGGUCUCUAUCGUGGUUUAUCCGUCCUUUUAUAUGGAUCCAUUCCAAAAUCCUCAUUCCGUUUCGGAACUUUCGAAUUUCUCAAAUCAAAAGCUUGCGAUGAUCGCGGAAAUUUGACACCAAUUAUGAGAUUGAUGUGUGGAUUAGGAGCCGGUGUUUCAGAAGCCAUAUUUGCUGUAACUCCCAUGGAAACUGUCAAAGUCAAAUUUAUUCACGAUCAAACUUUGGAGAAGCCGAAAUACAAGGGUUUUUUCCAUGGUGUUCGAUCGAUUGUGGCGAAUGAUGGAAUUGGUGGAUUAUAUAAAGGUGUGACUGCGACUAUGGCGAAACAGGGUUCGAAUCAGGCGAUUCGAUUCUUUGUUAUGGAAACUUUGAAGGUUUGUGAUGGAAUUUUGCGAUUUUUUGAGUCUAAAUAAGCCUAGGGCUCAAAAUUUGGAAAAUUUUGACACCAAAUAAUCCUAGGCCUGUGAAUUUUGCAAAAAUUCAAAUUCAAAAUUUCUCCGCGCCAAAAUCUACAGUACCCCAUUUUUCUACAGGAUUGGUAUCGUGGCGGUGACAACACUCAAACAAUUUCCAAACCAAUUGUUGGAGCAAUGGGAGUUGUGGCGGGAGCCGCGUCGGUAUACGGUAUGUUCCUUUAAACUACAGUACUUUAAAAAUAUUUGAUUUUUGUUAAACGUGUUCCUUUAAAUUGGAAAAUUAAUGGUAUCUGAAUUGAGAAACAGAAGGGUACUGUAAAAACUUCAAAGGAACAUUAUAAUUUUCAACAUCGAAUGUUCCUUUAAAUGGUUGUCUACAGUACCUACAGUACUCUCUUCAAAAAUUAUCGAUUUUCUUCCAGGAAACACACCAAUUGAUGUUGUGAAAACGAGAAUGCAGGGUCUCGAGGCGAAAAAGUACAAAAACACCAUCGAUUGUGCCCUUCAAAUUUGGCGAAAUGAGGGAUUCUUUGCGUGAGUUUUUGGGGGUUUUUUUUCAAAGUUUCUUGGCAAAAUUUUGAGAUUUUUUGAAAUCCUUACGGAAUUUGAAGAAUUUUGAGUACAAAUAUGCCUUAAAAUUUUCAAAACCCAACAGUACCCCAAAAUUUCCCCGAAUUCAAAAAAUGCUCAUUUCAGAUUCUACAAAGGUACAGUACCCCGACUAUCUCGUGUUUGUUUGGACGUCGGAAUCACAUUUAUGAUCUACGACUCGAUUAUCGAAUUUUUGGAUGGCGCCUUCAAAAAAUAG